CACUCUCUUUCUCCCUCCUUCACAGUUCACCCCCAAAUAGUAACUACCAUGGAAGAGGUGUGGAAAGACAUAAACCUGGCCACCUUAAACGAGCAAGGGUCUCGGCCCACCACCACCCACCCCACCCUCAUGUUCCAAGACUUUCUCGCCAGACCCCUCAUAGACCCACCCAACACUAACACCAUACUCUCCUCUGCUCCCUCCCAAUUACAAACUCCUCCUCUCGUCACCGCUCUCAGCCUCAGCUCUCGCCCCCACUUCCACCCACCCCAAUGCACCCUCGCCGACCGAAGGAACAACCGCAUGAUCAAGAAUCGUGAGUCCGCUGCACGAUCGCGUGCUAGAAAACAGGCUUACACGAAUGAGCUGGAGCUUGAGAUUGCGCAAUUAAAGGAAGAGAAUGCGAGGCUCAGAAGGCAGCAUCAACAGUUAAGUGAAGUUGCAGCGAGUGAGCAAAAGAAGAAGGGUACCCUAUAUCGAGCAUCUACGGCUCCAUUUUGAGGAGUCUCACAUGCCCCCUCAAUCUCCGGUUUACCCUUUUUGAGGGAUGAUGAUGUAAUGGAUUUUGGUGCAUUUCUGGAUUUGUGGCCGUGACACUUGCACGAUUGAAUAUUUCUUUCCUAUAUAGACGUUACUAUUAAGGAAUGUAUGAGAGAAGAAUGUGCUUUUGCCUUCCCUGCCGGCACCUCAACCAGAAACUUAUUUUGAUAAGGCUCUUUUUAUGGUAUUCCACUUCUAACUAGUUUUGAGUUUUUCUUUAUCACUUCACUUUCUUCUUGCGGAAAGUAACAUAAUGCUCAACUAUCUAUUUAUACCAUAGCA